UGUUUAAUUUCUCCAAAUACCAAUUUUAUUUGUACUUAUCCCUAAGAACUAUUUACAAAUUUAUUAAUGAUAGUCGAGAGAAAUCCUUUUUAUGUAUCACGAUGUUCUUCCUAAACACCAUAUCAUUUUGCCAUGUUCUAAGCCAAAAGAAAACACAGUUUCGGGGGCUAGCUCCAAAGCUUCAUUUAAUGGACCAUAUGGUGGUAUGACUACCAAAACAAACCCAGGUUAUCUUAGAGAAUUAAUUAGCCUAACUUUGAAUGAUGACUUGGACGAAUUUGGAAAAGUUUUGUGGUCAAAUAUUGAAGCACUAUUUGCAUUAUUUAGCCAAUGUUAUGCUCUUGAUGAAACAUUUAGAACUGAAAUAGAAAAAAUUUUCGAUGGUACUGAAGUGUAUGAAUUAAUGGAUAUGAUUCUUAUCAUGCCAGAAUUUGAAGAGUUCAUGAAAUUUCUUCAAGAUAACGGUUUAAAAGACAUGGACGAUUUUGACAUGAAUACGAUUCAAGACGUAAUAAAUACAAUAAUACCUCCAAAUGUUAAAGAAAAUUUAAUUGAUUGUAGUCAUAAAAAAAAUUGUCUACCAUCAUGUGAGACACCUGGACUAAAAGGUUUCAUUGAAACCGCUAAAAACUUAAUUGAUAUGAAUGCAUUCCAGAAUUUAUAUGAUGAAAAAUUACAAACAAGUGAACCAUUUCAAAAGUUGGUGGAAUAUUUACAAAGUGAGAAAUUUUUGAUUAUCGUGCGAGCUGUACGAUGUAAUGCAAAUUUUAAAAAAAUUGUUAAUGAUGCUGUUGAAAGUGGUAUUGAUGUUCAAUACAUUAGAGAAGUUUUAAAUAAGCAUUUGGGUUGGUAA